AUGUCCGACGGCGCCGGCGUCGCCCAAUUUCAACAGGCCGUCGCUGAAAUUGGCCGGGAAGCCGUCCGCCCCGUCCAUAGCUCCGGUGUGGAAGAGAAUUCUCUUGAAGGCAAGAGACCCACCGAGAAUACGACGCUUCCGCCGCCGUUUCAAGGACAAAAGGCCAAAAUCCGUUCAUGGCAGCCUGCGAAUUGGUCAGUAGAUCUUUCUUCUUCGGGCCCGCUGAUAUCUCCGGCGUACGGUCAUCGCUUCCGAUCAACCUCCGCCUCAACUGCUCCAAUUUCGAUGCCCUCACCGCCUGCCUUUGGCGAUGCCGCACUCGUGCUUGGAACAGAGAUGAUGGAGAUGGAGGAAUUGAGUGAUGAAAUUGUUGCACCCACAGAGGUGAUUAAUCUGCUUGCUAGUAGCGGGGCAACUACUUCCAUCGGAUGCUAUUGCUAUUGCGUCAGUGUUGGAUUAGGGAAAUGUUCCGUUGGGAAGCAGGGCAUACCAUUCUCACCUAGUGUGGAUAGCUAG